AUUUCGGGAUAGGUGUCAACUCUACGCUUGCACGCGAAGUUUUUAUUAAGUUUUUAUGUAAAUUAAGGUUUACCGCCGCAGCCAUGGCGCUCCAGAGAUCCUCGUCGCUCAGCAUGACUUUUAACCAAAACACUUCGUUUGUUUCGCGUUCUAAUAGUCAGACUUUCCUGGCAUCUUUCGAGGAGUGCCUGGACCUUCUGGAUUUGAGCAACGAGCUGUUUGCCUUUCCAACAGUGAGCAGCGGCGGUUCCAGUUUGCUGCAGAGUUUCGUGGCCAGCGGAUGUCCCCACCUGAUGACGCAGGUGGUUCAAACACCCGUGGAGUCCUACGCAAACAACACUCAUAACAAUUCUGCAAACUUGGCCAACAAUUCCAAUGGCCAAAACAACAUAAACAAAGUCAUCCAAAAGGGCACGGAUUCCGAGGACGAUGUCCAUGUGGCCAACGAAGCCUCCUUGGGAUCGGCCGAUUCCACUGUGGAAGAUGGUCCUGCGGAUAUUGAACAGGCGGUGGCCGUAUCGGGAUCGGAAUUGACCACUGAACCCAUGGCCUUCCUGCAGGGAUUAAACUCCGAAAAUCUGAUGCAGUUCAGCCAGCAAUCCGUGCUGCGCGAGAUGAUGCUGCAGGACAUCCAGAGCCAGGUGAACACGCUGCCCAAGCUGGAGAACCACAACAUCGGCGGCUACAACUUCAGCAUGGUUCUGGAUGAGCCGCCCAAGUCGCACUGGAUGUUCUCGGUGCCGCUGAACAAGCUCUACAUCCGGAUGAACAAGACCUUCAACGUGGACGUUCAGUUCAAGGCGAAGAUGCCCAUCCAGCCGCUCAAUCUGCGUGUCUUUCUCUGUUUUACUAAAGAUGUCAGUGGUCCGGUGCUGCGCUGCCAGAAUCACCUGAGCGUAGAGCCAUUGAUCGGCCAAAACAUGAAGAUGCGUGAAAGCUUGCUGCGCAGCGAGAAUCCCAACAGUGUGUACUGUGGAACAGCCCAGGGAAAAGGGAUUUCGGAACGUUAUUCCAUAGUGGUUCCUCUGAACAUGUGUCGAUCGGGCAACCGGAGCGGUGGCCAUGUGCGCCAGACCCUGGCCUUCAAGUUCGUGUGCCAAAACUCGUGUAUUGGCCGCAAGGAAACCUGCCUGGUCUUUUGUCUGGAGAACGCAAGUGGCGACAUCGUGGGUCAGCAGGUUAUGGAGGUCAAAAUCUGUACGUGCCCAAAACGUGAUCGCAACCAAGACGAACGCUCAAUGAAUGGCAAGAAGCGCAAGUCCCAAGUGGAGGCCACCGACGACGAGGAGCCGGAUGUGAAGCCAUCAAAGAUGCGUCGGCGCACGACGUCGUACAAAAAUGAUAUCAAGAAGGAGGAUACGGAGAGCAACGACAGCCACGACAGGAAGAGGGACGAGCAGCCCAUCACAGAUUGGAACGUGUCGCGGACGCAGGAUGGCGAGUACCGUUUGGCCAUUACCUGCCCCAAAAAGGAGUGGCUGCUGCAGGGCAUCGAGGGUAUGAUCAAGGAGGCGGCGGCGGGAGUGCUGCGAAAUCCAAACCAGGAGAACAUUCUGCGCCAUGCCAACAAACUGCUGACCCUGAAGAAAUGUGCCCAAGAGCUGCCAUGA